CGCUUAACUCCUCUGGGGGCACCCCACGCCGUUCCCUCCCCGACCGCCCUGGCGAGCCUCCCAAUGAGCCUGCAUUUCCUCUGCCGGACACCCCAUCCCCCUUCAGCCGCCACUACGCCCCCUUUCCCUCAGGACCCUGGGGCACUCCAGCCUCCCUUUACCCUGGGAUGCCUCUCGCCCCCUCCCCCCCGCUACACCCUCUCGGCCCCCCACUACAUUCCCUUUACCCUGGGACACCCCCGACCCUCUCACCCCCCACUACACCCCCUUUACCCUAGGGUACCCCAUCUCUCCUUCACCCCCGAUUGCACACACUACCUCAGGAUACCCCCAUAGCCUCGCUACCCCCCCACUGUACCCUACACCCUCUUUCCCUCAGGACACCGCCCUACCCCCGGUACACCCCUUUACCCCAGGGUAGCCCCACUGCACCCUUCCCCCUCUACCUCCGGCCACUCCCAUCCCCUCUCGACCCCUCCCUAGCCCCCCGUGCCACACUAGGACACCCCCGUCAUUGCACCUUCUCGACCCAAGGUCACCCCCACACCGCCUUUCAGCCCUUCUAGCUCAGGGCACCCCCGUCCCGCCUAUGCCCCCAGGACGCCCCAUCGCUUCCUCUACCCCUAGGAAACCCUUGCCCCGUUACACCUCCCUGAGCCUGUCUGCGCCCCCUCCCCAGGACUCCCCCCAGCCUGGCAGGCGCGCCUGGGGCUGGCCUUGGCUGGGGGAGGCGAUGGCGGAGCGGGGGACGUCAGUGUAAGUGGGCCGGCCCUGGGCAGGGCAGAGCCUCUUCGCUCGCUCCCUCCCUCCCGCUGCAGGGAAGCAGCAGGGUCCGCGCUAAGCUCCCAGCCCCGUGCCUCAGUGAAUGGUCCGGCGUCCGGGUGCGACUGGGGGGGCGGGGGAGCCCGGCCGCCGCGGGGGCAAAGGCAGCGCCUGGGGAGCCGGAGUGAGACCAGUCCCAGCGCCCCGUGCCGCCUGGCACCGGGGAUUACCAGCCCGGGAGCCUGCAGAGCAGCAGCAGCACUAAAGUUGCAAGGGGCAGGCGGGUGUUCCUGGUCUUCUGAAGUGGUCAACCAGAUUCCCUUAAAGUGGUCCUCUGAGUUAUCACACAGACGUGCAUGGUGUUUUAAAAACCAGAAGAAGAUGGAGUCUAUGCCCUGAUCUAUUGAAUCCUGCAGUGAUAUCCAAGCAUACUCUCUUGUCAUCCUGGAGUCAAAUUUUGCUAAGUGUGUGAUGUAAAAGCAGUGGGCAGUCCUUGGGCCCUCCCCCACACUAUUGUAAUGUCAUGUGCCAGUAUGAAUAUUAAAGCAGAAACGCAUACUUCAGUACUCAGCAACCAAAGGAGAAACUAAACACUGAGAACAAAUGACUGGACUUCUUGCAAAACUUUGGGCUGCUAACUGCUUCUCCUUCCCUGCUAUUGUGAAACAGCUAGAAGAGCAGAACUGAAGCAGCAUUUUUUGUGGAUAUUUUCUCUUUUUUUAAUUUAAUUUUUUCCCCUUUGUUUUGGGUUUCAGACUCUCAAACUGCACUGACCAUAAGCACUGGACAGCAAUAUGUGUCAUGUCAUUGUAACUUGUCGCUCAAUGCUGUGGACACUCCUGAGUAUUGUCGUGGCUUUUGCAGAGCUCAUAGCUUUCAUGAGUGCAGAUUGGCUAAUUGGCAAAGCCAAGCCUGUGAGCUCUGAAGAUAUGGACAACAGGACAGGAGGCUCACAGGCGCCUUACCAUCCAACUUUAGGCAUCUAUGGACGUUGCACCAGAAUCUCCCACAUGCAGGUUUCCAGACGGGACACGCUUUGUGGGCCCUAUGCAGAGAACUUUAAUGAGAUUGCCAGUGGGUUCUGGCAGGCUACCGCUAUUUUCCUAGCUGUGGGGAUCAUGAUUCUCUGUGCUGUGGCAUUUGUGUCUGUCUUUACUAUGUGUGUGCAGAGUAUAAUGAAAAAAAGUAUUUUUAAUGUCUGUGGGCUGCUACAAGGGAUUGCAGGCCUCUUCCUUAUCUUAGGCUUGAUGCUGUACCCUGCGGGCUGGGGCUGCCAGAAGGCAAUAAGCUAUUGUGGACAUUAUGCUUCUGCUUAUAAACUAGGAGACUGCUCAUUGGGCUGGGCCUUCUACACAGCUAUCGGUGGCACUGGUCUGACAUUCAUCUGUGCCGUCUUCUCAGCGCAAGCAGAAAUUGCCACAUCUAGUGACAAAGUGCAAGAAGAAAUUGAAGAGGGGAAAAACCUUAUCUGCCUCCUUUAAAUACAAUGGAAAAAAGAUCAAUCAGUGCCUGGGAAACACUGACUUCUAUCUAUUUUGCUUUUAAAUGACUUGAUAAAAGGAUCCACUUACCUGUUUUCACAAUUUGUGUGAUUUAAGCCUUGAACUACUGAACAUUGUAUCACUUGCUGGGCGAUGAGGACCAGAGAAAGGAGGAUCUCAAGCAAAGAGAGUGUAGAUGUGUGGGAAUUCUUGGUGUGACUACACUGUCAGGACUCAGCUGAAUAUACAACUUGAGAGCGAGGCGGGGAAGUGUAUAUAGUGAACAAACGUUGUAAUAUACCUGACAAUUUCUGAUUUUAUUGGAUUGCAUUCUCCACCUUGGUCACUUUGAAGGAUCUGCAUUAAAAUAAUAAAAGCCAGCACACUUCUACUAUGUACAGGACUUGCCUAUUUAAUCAGGUUUUGUUUUCAAGGGCUUCAAUCACUUGUGAAUGUUUUAUUGCCAUCGGGUUUGGUACUAUAGUUGAUAUGGUGGUGCUUGUUGAUGAUUUUUAAAAUUACUUAAAGCACAAUUGGGUUUUUUUGGAUAAUUAAAUGCAUGACAAAGAACAGGGUUGACAUUAAGAUCUUGCUAAAAGUCAUAUAAACUGUAAAGAAAGUGAGGUAGGGGCUCAAAUUAUUUGUUCUGGCAUGAAGCAUCAGUAACAAGUGGUAGGUACAUUAUAUUUUAGCAGCUAGAGUUGAAGUUAAAUUAUUUUUGUUUCAUAGCAGAGCCAGGGGAACUGUCGUUACCCUGGAGUUUACCUAUAUAAAAUGAAAAUGGUAGAAAUAAUGCUUUAGGAUCUAAUGUGUGAAACACUGAACUUUGGAUACAAAAAUGGUGCCUGUACUAGAAAUCCCAGGAAUCCUCAAUAUUUAGGAAAAACACUAUAUUCUCUCUGCAGCACAACUGACAGGGUUAUUUUGUGAAUGCCAACAAGUGUUGACACUCUUCAGUAAAAAUAUGAACUGUAUGUUGGGUUUACAAUUACAGUAUUUCUCUGUUUGCCAAAAGAAACCUCAUUCCCAGUCCACAGACCAGUGUCUCAGAGCCAGUUUAGUCUGAAACAGACUUUCACCCUGCAGGAGACAAUGCCAAAUUCUAAAUGUUUGUGGGAAAAACCUUUUCCCACUCUUUUUAACCACAUUUGGUAUGGACCCAUUUCCAGCACAAUCAGCAGAAGCAGAAAUAUGGCUUGCCACGAGUGACAUUCCUUUCCAAAAUGCGUUCAGUUCAGUCAUAUUACUUGUGUUGUUUCUCCAGUUACUGGAAUUAGUCUGAGAGCAUAUUGGAAGAAAGAAUACUGUACUGUCUUGGGGAUACAUGAGCACAAUUGAGGGUUUAAUAGAUAACUAUUCACUUAAUAUUUGAUUGGAAAUUUUAAAGCAGUUUAUUUCAUGGUGGUGGUAAAAUAAUAUUAGGCACUGAAGGCUGCUGAGCCUAUUGUUAAAAAGGUGUCUGCAAGUUUAUCCAUUUUUCUGUGAUCUUAAAAAUCUAAUACGAUUUGUCUCUGGAUUACAAGAGUGAUUUAUUGUAGAGAAGACCAAAUUUGUAUAGAAACGUGAAGGUUUUGUGUUCUUAUUUUUGCUGCAUCUUUCCUGACCUAGAGCUGAGCGAAAUGCAGCUUGCAUUAACCAUGCACAGUCUUACCAUUGUUAUACCAUUAAAUAUAAAAGGUUUCUUUGGAGCACAUAUGGUUCCUAUGCUUUUUGAAUUCUUUAUCCGCUCUUGUGGAAGUCUCCGUCCUAGGAACAGUUCUUUAGAAAUUAUUGAUCUGUGUGAGAGAUUCUAGUGUAUGCCCAGGCUUCAACUAUAAAGGUUUAAAAAGACAAUGUCGCUAUCUUUUUAAUAAAUGGGUAGUUUGUAAACUCCAGCUGCUGAUAAUGCUGCCUCUAAUAAGUUAAAUCAAUUAAUUUACUUUUUAAAGUGGAAUAAUUUUGUCCUAGUCUGUCCCUGAUAAACCAGACCUGUUACUUCGGACCCAUUAAAUUGAUAGGUUGCAGUAGUGAUCACUACUGCAACCUAUCAAAGUGCUGGAGUAGCAGCCCCAGCAUGUGGAGUGCCAGAGUCCCUGCUUCUCUGUAAAUACAAAUCCAAGCCCCCUAUGUAGCAGUGCUGCUGACACCUCUGUUCUCCUGUGCACGUUCCUGAUGUCAGGGCAGAAUGAUGUGGAAAGCGUUAUGCUAGCCCCAGGGCACAACUUCCCCCUUGGUGAUAUUUAAUUUUUUGUCACCACUGCAUUGUGAGAACCCAGCCUUUCCUUUUGUUAAUCCAGAAUUCACACUUGAGAAACCUGUGUUUUCCCCCCAAUCCCAUUGCAUUCUUAUACAAGAUUUUAAAACGGGUAACUCACUUUUCUUUUAAAUAUUUAACAUAAUAAAAUAAAGCUAUGGGCUGGAACCAUUUAUGCCAAGUGUCUGCAUAGAGCAAGAUUUCUUUUUAAACAAAUUAUAACCACUUGCAAAAAUUGGUGAGUUAGAGCAAAAUUGUAGCCAUGGCAUCAUAAUGUGUCUUAUUUGAAACUGUGCGCCUUUGAAAUAUGUUUCCUUGGACAUACAAAGUAUACCUUAUGAAGCACAUGCUCCAAAUUUUCAACCAUAUUAUUUGUAUGUGGAUGAAUUCUAUAAAAAAAAACACCUUGUAAAAACCUUCUACCAAGAUUAUUGCUUGUUCACAGCUGCUACUACUUUAGAGCCCCCCCCACCCAUUGGAAUGUGCACAAUACAAGCUGGAGCACUAAAACAGCUGUGAUAUAGAACUUUUAACUAGAAGGGAGUCUUAAAUGCUGUGAACAACACAUGGAAUUGGGGUGAAGAUAAACUAUAUUCUUUUUUUAAUGUUGUAAUUUGCUUUUCUUUAGGAAGGUAGUGUG